CAAGCUCCAUUAUUGAAAAGAAGCUCCAUUAUUGAAAAGAAGCAAAUUAUUGUAAAGAAAGUGCCACAAAAUCAAACGCUUAAAGUUCAUUGUUCAUAAUAUUAAUAUAUGCUUUUUUUAAGUGAUAGAUUCAUUCACGUUGCCAUAUACAAUCCUCUAAAAAUUUAACUUAUUCAGAUGGCUAGCACCAGCAACUCAUCUUCAGUUCUUGGGACUUCAUCAAGAAGAAAUUAUUAUGAUGUAUUUGUCACCUUCAGAGGUGAAGAUACUCGGAACAAUUUCACAGAUUUUCUUUUUGAUGCCCUUCAAACAAAAGGCAUUAUUGUAUUUUCGGAUGACACUAAUCUUCCAAAAGGUGAAUCCAUUGGACCCGAGCUCCUUCGAGCAAUCGAAGGAUCUCAAGUUUUUGUUGCGGUCUUUUCAAUAAACUAUGCUUCCUCAACAUGGUGUUUACAAGAAUUAGAAAAGAUAUGUGAAUGCGUUAAGGGAUCAGGAAAACAUGUUCUUCCAGUUUUCUAUGAUGUUGAUCCCUCUGAUGUGAGAAAGCAAAGUGGGAUUUAUGGUGAAGCCUUUAUCAAACAUGAACAAAGAUUCCAACAAGAAUUUCAGAAGGUGUCAAAAUGGAGGGACGCUCUAAAACAAGUGGGGAGUAUCUCUGGUUGGGAUCUACGUGAUAAGCCGCAAGCUGGAGAGAUUAAAAAGAUUGUUCAAACGAUCUUGAAUAUAUUGAAGUACAAAUCUUCAUGUUUUUCAAAAGAUUUAGUUGGGAUAGAUUCUCGUUUAGACGGAUUACAAAAUCAUUUACUUUUGGACUCGGUUGACAGUGUUCGUGCUAUAGGAAUUUGUGGAAUGGGAGGAAUAGGGAAGACAACCCUUGCUAUGGCUUUAUAUGAUCAAAUAUCUCAUCGAUUUAGUGCAUCCUGUUUUAUAGAUGAUGUAAGCAAAAUUUAUAAAUUACAUGAUGGUCCCCUCGAUGCACAAAAGCAAAUCCUACUUCAAACUCUCGGCAUAGAACACCAUCAAAUAUGCAAUCAUUACAGCGUAACUAAUUUGAUACGAAGUAGGCUAUGUCGUGAAAGGGUCCUUCUGAUUCUUGAUAAUGUGGAUCAAGUUGCACAGUUGGAAAAAAUAGGUGUGCAUCGUGAAUGGUUAGGUGCAGGUAGUAGAAUUAUAAUCAUUUCUAGAGAUGAGCAUAUAUUGAAAUACUAUGGAGUGGAUGCAGUUUACAAAGUUCCACUUUUGAAUUGGACAGAUUCUCACAAGUUAUUUUGUCAAAAAGCUUUCAAAUUUGAGAAAGUUAUUAUGAGUAAUUAUGAAAACUUAGCGUAUGAGAUUCUAGAUUAUGCUAAUGGUCUACCACUAGCAAUUAUAGUAUUGGGCUCAUUUUUGUUUGGUCGUAAUGUGACUGAAUGGAAGAGUGCCCUGGCUAGAUUGAGAGAAAGUCCAAAUAAUGAUAUCAUGGAUGUGCUGCAAUUAAGUUUUGAUGGGCUAGAGCAUACUGAAAAAGAAAUAUUUCUUCAUAUUGCUUGUUUUUUCAGCUACAGUUCGAAGGAAUAUGUUAAAAACAUUCUAAAUUGUUGUGGUUUUCAUGCUGACAUUGGAUUAAGUGUUCUCAAUGAUAAAUCACUUAUAAGCCUUGGUGAGUCAACAAUUAUAAUGCAUUCUUUGUUGGAAGAGCUGGGCAGAAAAAUUGUGCAAGAAAAUUCAAGCAAAGAGCGAAGAAAGUGGAGCAGGGUGUGGUCCGAAAAACAACUCAACAAUGUUACGAUGGAGAAAAUGGAAAAGCAUGUUGAAGCCAUAGAACUUUGGAGUUAUGAAGAAGUGGUCGUUGAACACUUGGCAAAAAUGAGUAAUCUUAGAUUGCUCAUAAUCAAGUGCGGUCGGAAUAUCCCAGGUAGUCUAUCGAGCCUUUCAAAUGCAUUAAGAUAUGUUGAGUGGGAUGGAUAUCCUUUCAAGUGUCUACCAACAAGUUUUCACCCCAAUGACCUUAUAGAAUUGAUCUUGAUGAAUAGCGACAUCAAACAACUAUGGAAAAACAAGAAGUAUCUUCCCAAUUUGAGAAGAUUGGGUCUAAGUUACUCCAGAAAACUAUUAAAGAUUGUAGAUUUUGGAGAGUUCCCGAAUCUUGAGUGGUUAAAUUUGGAAGGGUGUAAAAAUCUUGUGGAGUUGGAUCCAUCUAUUGGACUUCUAAGAAAGCUUGUUUACUUGAAUUUAAAAAAUUGCAAAAAUCUAGUAAGCAUACCCAACAACAUAUUUGAUCUUUGCUCUCUUGAAGAUCUAAAUAUGCGUGGUUGUUCUAAAGUGUUUAACAAUCCAAUGCAUUUGAAGAAGUCUGGUCUAUCCUCUACAAAGAAGAAGAACAAGAAGCAGCAUGAUACACGUGAAAGUGAAUCACAUUCCUCGUUUCCCACUCCCACAACAAACACAUAUUUGUUGCCAUUCUCGCAUAGCUUGCGUAGCAUUGACAUUAGCUUUUGCCAUCUACGCCAAGUUCCUGAUGCAAUUGAAUGUUUACAUUGGCUAGAAAGAUUAGAUUUAGGGGGAAACAAUUUUGUGACACUACCUAGCCUGAGGAAGCUUUCCAAACUUGUAUAUUUAAAUUUGGAACAUUGCAAGUUGUUGGAAUCUUUGCCUCGACUUCCUUCUCCACCUACUAGUGGGCGGGAUCAACAAGAGAACAAUAAUACUUUCAUAGGUUUGUAUGACUUUGGCAUUGUUAGAAAGAUUACAGGAUUGGUCAUUUUCAACUGUCCAAAAUUGGCUGACUGUGAGAGGGAACGUUGCAGUAGCUUGACAUUUUCAUGGAUGAUACAAUUCAUUAUGGCAAACCCGCAAUCUUAUUUGAAUGAGUUUCAUAUUAUAACUCCAGGAAGUGAAAUACCAAGUUGGAUCAACAAUCAGAGCAUGGGUGAUUCGAUACCAAUAGAAUUCUCUUCUGCUAUGCAUGAUAAUACCAUUGGCUUUGUAUGCUGUGUAGUAUUUUCCGUGGCACCUCAGGUUUCAACUGUGUGGUUCAGAAUUAUGUGCAUUGAUUUGGAUAUUCCAGUAACUAUCAAAGGAAGUCUUAUUACGACCAAAUCAAGUCACCUAUGGAUGAUCUUCCUCCCUCGAGGGUCCUAUGAUAAAUUUGAAAACAUCUGUUGUUACGAUGUGUUGGGUGAAGGCUUGGGUAUGGAGGUGAAGAGUUGCGGGUAUCGUUGGAUAUGUAAACAAGACCUACAAGAGUUCAAUAUAACAAUGCUGAAUCACGAAAAUUCCUUGGCUCCAAAAUAUUCUUACAUCCACGACAGCAGGAUCGGUACUUUGGUAGAAGUAAACUGCGAGACAAAUUUUGUCUCCCAAAGUGAAAUUUUCAACGAGUUUGUCAAUGAUAUAGAGUAUGUUGUUACCAAAGACGUUCCUGAGGAAUUCGUGAAGAAAGAAACGGAGAUAGAAAUGCAAAAGGAAGAUCUUGCGUCAAAAUCGGAGCAAAUUAGAUCAAGGAUUGUUUAAGCAGAGAAUUGCAACUAUUGGAGAAAAUAUGAAAGUUACAAGGUUUGUGCAGUUCAACCUCGGAGAAGGUUUGGAAAAGAAAAGCCAGGAUUUUGCUGCAGAAGUCGCCACACAAAUUGUAGCAAAACCGGUCAUUAGUCCGGUGAAAGAGGAACCUGCUGCUGUCGAAGCCAAGGAGACUGGAAUGUGCAUUUAUUAAGAUUUAGAUACGUUCUAAAAGGAAAAACUAUACUUGGGGUCCUUUAACUUAAUUUAAUGUUUCAAACAGAUCCUUGAUCUUUUUUCGUGUCAAUUUAGUCAUUUCUUCAUGUCAAGUUGGUUCUUUUGUUUAAAAAUGCUAACGAAGUAUGAUCAACCUUCAUUUUUAAUGUAUGUUUCUAAAAGUUUAAUUGGCCAUUUAAAAAGGUACAUUACAUCUUCCGUUCUUCAAGAUUACAUCUAAACUACAUCAUAUUGUCUGUUACAAUUUCUAAUCUUUAACUAACAUGAUUGUGACCAUGCUGUCAACGAAAGUCCAAUUGUGGUACUGAGUCGUGACCUUGCUUUCAUAGACUGAGAAUGAAGUUGGUUCAACAUUGUAAAUAUUUUUAAAAGAUAGACUAAUCGGACACGAAAAAAAGACAGGAUCUAUUUGAAACUUUAAAUGAAGUGAAAUUCGGAUUGAACAAAGUAUUAAUUGGAUUUGUUGUGUGCUAAAAAGGGUCUCUCAUCCGCUGAUAAGAAGUCUGCAAGACUAGCAGCUGAAGAAAGAAUCGGUACAUAUAUACAUUCACAAUGCAUGCAUCGGUGUUCUAAUUGAAGUGAACUGUGAAACCGACUUUGUUGGCAGAAGUGAGAAAUUCAAGAAGUUGGUUGAUGAUCUUGCAAUGCAAGUUGCUGCUUGUCCACAGGUUCAGUUUGUAUCUAUUGAAGAUAUUCCCGAAACUAUUGUGACGAAGGAAAAAGAUCUUGAGAUGCAAAGAGAAGACCUUGCUU